AUCUGAGAAGACUGCGAAAGAGAAGCUGCACCCACUCUGUCUGGUUACAAUAAACAGCUUUGGUUUUCUAUUUUAUUAUCGUCACGCGGARCUCUUUCACAACAUGGGGCUAACAAUUUCGUCGAUAUUUUCCAGGCUUUUUGGCAAAAAACAGAUGAGGAUACUUAUGGUUGGUUUGGACGCUGCUGGAAAGACCACUAUUCUCUACAAACUGAAGCUGGGGGAGAUUGUAACCACAAUUCCAACCAUUGGUUUUAACGUGGAGACUGUUGAGUACAAGAACAUUUGUUUCACCGUGUGGGAUGUGGGCGGUCAGGACAAGAUCCGCCCCCUCUGGAGGCACUACUUCCAGAACACACAGGGCCUUAUCUUCGUAGUGGACAGCAAUGACAGAGAGAGAGUAGCAGAGUCGGCAGAGGAGCUGUCUAAAAUGCUGCAGGAGGAUGAGUUGAGGGAGGCAGUGUUGCUGGUGUUUGCAAACAAACAGGACCUGCCCAACGCUAUGGCAGUGAGCGACCUCACAGACAAAUUGGGCCUGCAGAGCUUGCGCAGCAGAGUUUGGCAUGUCCAGGCUACCUGUGCUACCCAGGGCACUGGGCUAUACGAAGGACUGGACUGGCUUUCCAACGAGCUGUCGAAACGCUAAAGAAUAGAGAAAUCGCAGGACCGGCGCGAAAGAGAUCUGAACACACGAGCAAGAGAAGGGGCGCAGGCUGAGCAUUUCAUCAAUUGAAGAAAAAAAACUGCAACUUUUUAAAUGAUCAGUGUGUCUGUCUGGUAGAACUUGCAGUUAUGGACUUUGCAAUCAGUUCCUGUUCUGAAACCUUUUUUCAUCAUUCUUCCCUUUUAUUYCCAUUAUUGUCAAACCUGCAGAUGUUUCAUAGACUGWUUCUUCCUUUAUGCCACCCAACUUCCUCAACAGUAAAAUUGUUUUAAGUUGCAUGUUUUAAAAAAACAGAUUCA